UACGCGCGAAAAUGUAAAGCAUACUUGGCCGUAUUAAAGACAGCCCAAAGCCACCACCCUGCAACUACACCACUCAUCAAUUUGUAGAGGGAACGACGAACCGGUUUAGGGGUUUGGGUUCUACCGUAUGGCAGGGAAAUCCAAAUGCAGGACAAGUAGAUGGAAAGGUUCGCUUGGUUGAGUACUCAGAAACGUUGGAUUCAACAAUGGAAAGGGUGCGAGAAAGUUAAGUGGAUAUUUGAAGGAUUUGCUUCCUUUGAUAUUGAUGAAAGAGACCAAACCCUCUUGUUUGAUACAACACUGGCACUCCCUCAUCCAGCCCAACUGGCAUUACGUGUGGGACUUGUCAUGGAAGGGCGGCAGCAGCAGCAGCAGGAGGACUUUUGCAGUGGAAUGGAAAAGCUGCUUCUCUCAUUUGACAAUUCCAAUCCCUUUGUGUUAGAAAUUCCACAAGUCAAGAGUAUUUCUGUUAGGUCCGAAGAUACUGCUUGCUGUUCUUGCCAAAUAAAAGCAGUUUCUAAGAAAGAAAUAUGCGAGCCUAUUCAAGCUUGUGACUGCAAAAAUGUGCCUGGCCAUAUUAGCCUAAAAUUGCAACAUGUCACACUCAAUUUAUAUGCUGGUUUGCAAUUCAGUGAAACAUGUCGGAGUACAAUUUCAUUGCCCCAACUUAUGGAGGUACUCAAUAAGCUUUUUCUAGAGCAACAACAUCUAUGCUUGAUUGACAAGAAUGCUGGCCAGGUUGAAGAAAAUUGUGUGGAGCAGGUAGAAUUACCAACUAAAGCAAGUGAAGCUAUAAAUGAGAGCUCUAUGCUUCUUCACAAGUACUUGAAUGGCAUUGACUGUUUGAAUGACUGUGCGAUGAAGGCUAUCGAAACAUGCAGUGCAGAUCCUCCAUGGAUGGGGAGGAUGUUAGACAUUAUGGUUCAUCAUGCUGGUAAUCAGAGUCUCGAGCUUUAUAGACUUGAAACAUUGAGACAAGUACUGUCCCAACAAUUGGAAGAAUUGAUGGAAAGAGAAAAGUUUGAGAUCGAGAAGACCUGGGGAGCAAAUCCUCAACAUGUCAUCAAACAACAGCAAUUGAAAGACUCCUCGACAUCUGCAUUAGAAUCUUUAAAUCAAGAGAGAAAAUAUGUAGAAGCAGCUUUAUUACGGGUGGAGCUUUUGUGCAUGGGACUGGUACUAUGAAUUUAUUUCAAAUCGACCAAUAAUUAAGCAUUGCCUUUUAAUUUUGCACAACCAUUAUUGUUUAAUGACCCAAUUGACUGUUUAAAGGGUAUGAAUAUUACAUAUAAUUUAAUGUUGAAUACUAUUUAUGUUAAUUCAUUGAUGUAUG